UCAGCCCUGAGGGGUAGCAGACGGAGCGCACCUCUCAGCAGCCAGGCUCGCCCUGUGGACCGCUGCGUGGGGGAGAGCUGCUGCGGAGUGGCUGUUCUUUCCUGCUGUGGGCUCCAAAGGAACCCCACACUCCCUGCUCCCUUCAGCUGUCCACUGCAGUUCUCAGAGCACCGCAGCCAUGGGAAUCCGAGGCAUGCUGCGAGCUGCUGCGCUCCUGCUGCUCAUCAGGACUUGGCUCGCAGAGAGCAACGGCCCCAGUUCCACCCCGAAAUUCCACUUCGAGCUCUCCCCCAACAUGCCCGAAGUCAUCCUGGAUCUCUUCAACUGCAAAAAUUGUGCAAAUGAAGCUGUAGCUCAAAAGAUUUUGGACAGGGUGCUGUCAACAUAUGAUGUCCGACUGAGACCAAAUUUUGGAGGUGCCCCUGUGCCUGUGUCAGUAUCCAUCUAUGUCUCCAGUAUUGAACAGAUCUCAGAAAUAAAUAUGGACUACACAAUUACGAUGUUUUUGCAUCAGACAUGGAAGGACACACGCCUAGCAUACUAUGAAACUAACCUGAACCUGACUCUGGACUAUCGUAUGCAGGAGAAGCUUUGGGUCCCUGACUGCUACUUUGUGAAUAGCAAAAAUGCCUUUGUGCAUGAUGUAACUGUGGAGAAUCGUGUGUUUCAGCUUCACCCAGAUGGGACAGUGCGAUACGGCAUCCGACUUACUACAACAGCAGCCUGUUCCCUGGACCUGCAAAAAUUCCCUAUGGACAAGCAAGCCUGCAAGCUGGAGGUGGAGAGCUAUGGCUAUACCAUUGAAGACAUUGUAUUAUCCUGGGAAGAUGAGAAUGCUAUCCACAUUACUGAUGAGCUCCACAUCCCUCAGUUUACCUACCUGGGGAGGACAAUUACUAGCAAGGAGGUGUAUUUCUACACAGGCUCCUACAUGCGCCUGAUAGUGAAGUUCCAGGUUCAGAGGGAAGUCCGCAGUUACCUUGUGCAGGUCUAUUGGCCCACAGUCCUCACCACCAUUCUCUCCUGGAUAUCAUUUUGGAUGAACUAUGAUUCCUCUGCAGCCAGGGUGACAAUUGGCCUAACUUCUAUUCUUGUCCUGACUACUAUCGACUCACAUAUGCGAGAUAAACUCCCCCAUAUUUCCUGUAUCAAAGCCAUUGACAUCUACAUCCUUGUGUGCCUGUUCUUCGUGUUCCUGUCCCUGCUGGAGUAUGUCUACAUCAACUACCUUUUCUUCAGCCAAGAAUCUCGGCGCAAUCGCAGGAGAUGCAAGAAACCCAGGAGAGUUAUUGCCAGAUACCGCUACCAAGAAGUGGUGGUGGGAAAUGUGCAGGAUGGCCUGAUUAAUGUGGAAGACAGAAGGGAAGAAAGAGUUGGCCCCCUUCCUGAUAGCCCCAUGCAGGCUCAUCUGGCAAGCCCAGAAAGUCUUGGAUCCUUGGUGUCCACCUCAGAGCAGGCUCAGCUGGCUACCUCAGAAAACCUCAGCCCACUCUCUUCUAACUCAAGCCAGGCCCAAUUGGCCACUGGAGAAAGCCUGAGUGAUUUGCCCUCCACCUCUCAGCAAACACUGCAUGACUGUACCAUUCACUUUCAUGGCUUCCUCACUAAUGACAGUAUUAUCCCCAUCAAAAUCCACAACCAUUCUGAGGCCCAUUGUGAUGAAGAUUCCGAAGAGAGCCUAAGCUCUGAUGAGAGUCAUGGCCAUGCCAGCAACCCCGGUGGAAGGAUCAUACUCUACAGUGGCCAGAGUGCAUAGUAAGUGGCAACGAGCUCCCUGACCCAUCACAUCGUUGGAUCCUCACAGGAGCCCUGUGAGCCAGGGAAGACAAAGCACCUUGUUCCCAGUGUUCCAAGGAAAAAGUAGAGCUUGUGUGCCAUGCUUAUGGAUGCUUGUUCUUUCUCCUUAUUUUCUUAACUCUCAACUGAUGUACUUUCCCUACUGCCCCUUCCCUUUGCUCAAAGGGACAUCCCUAAAGAAUCUACCUGUCAGGCUGCCAAGCUCCCUGGACAGGACCUACAGCAUCUCUGUAGGAAGAGGCUACUAAGCAGCCACUGAACAUGAACUGAGCAAAUGGAGAAUAUGGCCCUAUUCUCUCAACAGGGCUCCUCAUGAGAGUAGGAUGAGCCUGCACGCCAACUUUCCAGGAAGCACCAGCUCAUUGAAGGAGGUCAUGAGGGAGCUUUUCCAAGCACUCAGUCUAUUCUUCCCCUUCUUUUAUAGGCAGCCUUUCCUUCAGCCCUAUACCUCAUGUCCUUAACUGUACUUCUGUGCUUGUAUGUUUCUAUGUAUCCCUGGGGAUGAGUGUGCAUGCAUCCAAGUAAGUCUAUGUGCCAUACAACCAUUUGAGAAGUUAAAUAGCACUAUAGUAAUAUAAUUCUAUGUUAGUAUGUAUGAAUGCAUAUAUUCAC